AUGUUUAGUGUACUUUCUGACAUGGUUUCUGUUGUAAAAUCGUCGUCUUGUCACUCAACUCGAACUUCUUCGACCAGAGAUCUACUUACGCGCAACAAAAGGAAGAUGUCUCUUGCUAAAGAGAAAGACGAUCUGAGAAAUUUAAACGACCGUUUUGCGGCUUACAUAGAAAAAGUCAGGAAUCUGGAAGAGGAAAAUAAAAAGCUCAAAAAUAAGGCAUGGUGAGUAAUUGGACUAAGGUAACAGGGGGAGAGGUUAGCUUACAAAGUUCUUUAAAACUCGAGCUCUUACCCUCCCCCUAUGAAAUUUUAGCCCCCUUACUAGAAUCAUUUUAUCGUACUCAGCAGUCGUUUCGGUCUCCUUUCAGCGAAGUAGAAGAGGUGCGAAAAAGUGUGAAAAUAGCAAGAGUCGAACGAAAACAUAGGGCUAAACAAUACCUUAAGAAAUAAUUAUAAUAAUAAUAAUAAUAAUAAUAAUAAUAACAAUGGUAAUGAUAAUAACAAUGAUACUACUACUAAUAAUAAUACUAACAGCCAAUAUAUCUGAUAUUGACAUUACCUCGGAAAGUGCGCAAGCCAGAAUUUAAGUAGUAACUCUUUAUCAGUUUGAACUAUUAGUUUUAGAUAGUUUUUAUUUCUUUAUUAACUUUUUUAUGCUUUUUAUAAUUGUUAUUAGUAGUCUUUAGAUAGUCAUUUUACGACAAUUCUCUUUCGUACACAAGAAGAAUGUACAAUAGGGUAUAUAUUUUAAUAUUCAUAUUCUUGAAUCUGUAAAUAGUCUAUUUUUUUUUAAAUCUAUGAAUAAAGUUUUAAUAUAAUAAUAAUAAUAAUAAUAAUAAUAAUAAUGGGAUUUAGCAGUAGACAUGUUACGGAGAUUCUCUUCUUGUCCACAGUUUCCAGGUCGAAUUGGAAUUGAGAAUGUUUAUUUUUGGGGUAAUCAUAGGGAAGUUUCCUUGAUUUGCUUUUUCCCAGGGUAUCAAUGGUGCCAACCAUUUCAACGAUCCUUCCAUAGAGGAGGUCAUGAUAUUCGAGUGACCUUUACUUCUUCGAGAAUACCAUGAGCUAAAACAGAAGUCGUAAACAUGUUUUGUUUUGUUUUCUUUUUUCUUUUUUUCAUGGUAACAUUUCUUGUCAAUAUUUCCAAUAACAUUUGGGCGCGACUUUAUCCCCGCCUGGGUAGCCUGUGCAUCAUUUCCAUCAUCCUGAAGACGCUUUCGCGGAGGAAGAAUUCAAAGUGAAUAAAGGAUCGGUUGCCAUAUUUUUCUUAAGCGAUAUUUGUGUUUUUGAAAGUGCGAAAUGUGAAAUGGUUGUUCGAAAGGCUGAUUCUUCUUGAGUUACCAUUCGACCAGCGGUGUUCGAGUCGAAACUGAAAGGGAUAAUAUAACAAAUUUAAGUUAUCACCUGAUGCGGAAGAUAUUUAUGUGUGCGUUUGUGAAAGUAUUUAAUUCUACUUCACGUUCUGCAGUGCAUUUUACGAGCGGGAUCAGACUAUGCGGGAGUUAUACGUUUCAUACCGUGACCGUUACUGUAAAAGUCACGCCUCAAUUUUAACCAAUCAUUUAUUUGCUUUGAAAGAAUUUUUCAAAGAACGCACUCUCUUAUUGGUCAAAUCUACUCACAUGUCAGUAGAGAACCGCCAAAACUUGAGCAGAUUUCUGCGCGGUUCUAGAAGUCUUAACUUCUGAGCGAAUUUUGUUUUACUUUGCUUUGAGUUUAGCUUACUUUCCAAAAUGGCUACAACUGUAAUAUCACCUCGCACUCCGGCGUCUUCAGCGAGGGUCGAGGUGGCCUCCCCGACGAAGAUGACCCGGAUUCAAGAAAAGGAAGAACUUCAACACUUGAACGAUCGUCUCGCCGUUUACAUUGACAGAGUCAAAUUCUUGGAAGAAACGAACAGCAAGUUGACAGCAGAAAUUACUGUGAUAACGAGCAAAAAACAGACUGAAAUUGAAACCGUGAGGAACUCGCUUGAAGCAGAGCUGAGGGAUGUGAGGAGGUUGUUGGACGAGGUCGCAAAGGACAAGGCACGCGAGCAGAUCGAGAACAAGAAGAACUCCGCACUGGUUGAGGAAUUCAAGAAGAAGUAAGUUAACCUUUUUUUCAUAAACCAAUGGGCAGGCUGUCUGUUUUCAAAAGCAAUUAUUUCCUUCUAAAAUAACAAUUUUCGCUUGAAGAGUUCUUUUCGGUUGGUUGAUAAGUGGUUUUCCAAAGUCGCGUUAGGAGUAUAAAUUGAUGACGGUCGCGCUCUCGGACGUUAUUGCCUGCACGUGGAAGCUAAUGUCAUGAGCAUGAUCGUAGUCUUAAUUUAUUCGGCUGGCUCGGUCAUCUUCUUCACUCGUUCUGUUCAAACAACCGAGACUGAGGUGAAAUGGAAACUUGUUGAUUUCGUUACUCGCAUGUCGAUUUCAUCAAUUACAUUAUACGAACUCAAACGAACGUUUGCAUCAAUAUUCGUGAUUAUUCGGGAGAGACAUCUACGUUACUCCCUAGACAGCAUUGUAAUGGGUGUUUCCUAGGCUAGCGUCGGGUAAAAAAAUUAUUGUUAUCAUUGUAAACCACGUAGAUCAGUUACCGAGCGGUCAUUUUGAGGCGAGAGCAUUUUUUAAAGUUAUCCUACUAGAGACACUAGCUACGCUGACUGGUCACGCGUAAGUUCCUUUAAAUAUUUUGAUGUAAAACAUGGAGCAAACUUUUUUUAAAUUGAACUUUGUGAAACCUCCUUUGUUCAGCAUGCUAAUUUUCUCAUUGUCAGACCCUUUGUUGAUUUGAACUUAUUUCUAGGCUUUGGUCCCAUCCAGUUCCUACAAAAAGUGAAUAAACUUACGUUGAAUGACUCACAUUUUGCCGUUUUAUAUUCCUUGAAUAUUUAGAGUAUUUGCUAAACGGAAGGUGCAGCAUAUUAUGGUAAAGAUUAUGCAAAUUCCUCGAAAAUAUUCAAAAUUGUCAAUAAAUUUCAAUGAGAUGGAUUUUUUUGAAAGCAUGUGAAGGGUUUGUGUUUAUCAAUAGCAUGCUGAUGUUUAUAGCUGUCUUUUGUGUUCAAUGUCACACUCUCCACUGACUUUUUGUUUAUGACAUCAAAGGUUUGAGAAAGAAGCCGCCGCACACAAGAAUAGUGAAGAUGCCUUGAAAGCAUCUCAGAGAAAGUUGUAUGAUCGAGAUGCACAGCUAGCAAAUGUAAAUCAAGAGGCAAAGAAGUUAGAAGCAGUUAUCCAGGACCUAAGGAAAGAGUGCCAAGAACUGAAGGAUGCUUUGGAAUCAGCUAAAUAUGCCCUUGAGCAGGAGACCCUAUCGAGAGUGGACCUCGAGAACAAACUCCAGUCCAAAGAAGAAGAACUCAAUUUCAAGAAAGAGAUGUACAGUAAGGUAAAAGUUUGACUUUUAUUUGACUUUUGAGCCAAAAUUAUCAUUGCUUUUAAAAUCCAAAUCAACAUUUCUGCACAGGGAAUAAGCAGUGACUUUUAGAAGCAAAAACUUCUUAGAUUUUUGUUUGAAGGAAAACUCUCCAGUUUUAUACUUGUGAAAUAACAAAAUUCCAACAGAGGCAAUGGUGGAAAAUAUAACAAAAUCAGGAUCACAUUAGUGAAAUUUGUACUUUCAAUCGCGUGUUUAUAAAUUUAUCUCUGAUAUCAGAUGAUAAGGAAUUAAAGUACAGGUAAACUUGACUUUGUUCCACAGUGAAUUUUUUAUCAUGUAUUUAAACUUUGUCGAUCAAUAUUUUUAAUGUUUGUUAGAACCAAAACUUAUAGUGGUAGAAUGAAAAAAAUGAAGGGCAGCAUUAUAUUGAAAAGAUGUCCAAAAAGUCUAUUUUUUUCUCUAAAAGGAAUAUAGAAUUAACCGGAAUCAUUUCUUUGUUUCUUCAGGAAAUGAUUGAGAUCCGUUCUCAGUUACAAAGUGUAGAGUCACAGCGCAGCAAAAUAGAAGCUGAGGCAAAGAACAGAUAUGAAGGAAUCUUGUCAGAAAAGCUACAUGAACUGAGAGAGAUGUUUGAUAGCGAGGCCAGGCAAUAUAAAGAUGAAACUGAUGGUCUUUAUGGUGCUAAGGUAGAGAUCUCUAUUGAUGAACAUUAAGCCCCAUCUUUUCAAAUAGAAGGCAUGAAGCGAGGUUGAAUUCAACCUCAGUUAUGUUGGUAAAUUAAAAAUGUCCAAUACAAAUUGUUCAAUGCACCUUAACCCUUUAACUCCCAUGAGUGACCAAAACAGAAUUUCUUCUUACAAUAUCAAUACAACAUCAACCAGAUAAGUGAUGCGAAUAAAGAAAAAUUUCAAUUUGGGAAUAAUAUAUUGAUCCAAUACUAAAUUCUCUGUGCUAACAUUGUAAGAAUUGUAUGGUAGACAGUAAGGAGAAUUACAAAUUUGAUCUGAAAGUUAAAGAGUUGAUGGGGAAAUACAUGUGCCUGCUUACAACGACAACAUUGUUUCUUUACAUAGUGAUAAUGUAAAUGGUAAGUGUGCUUCAUGCCAUGAAGAUCUAAGUUGGUUGACCCCUCUAACUCCAAUGAGUGUGGUAACAGAAAAGAAAAUAUCAAUUGGGGGAUUAUUGAAUUGAUCCAAUACAAAUUGGCCAAAGGAACACAUGAAGAAUUGUGUAGCAGACAGCAAGGAGAAUUACUAAUAAGAUCUUGAGAUUAAAAGUUGUGAACAGGAAACUUCCCAGUAUUCCAUGAUAUCUAAGUAUGUAGUCAGAGCUGACAUUAAGAGCCCACAUGCCACCAAAGUUAUCAGCUAGUCUGCCGUCAUUAGCUGGCUAUUUCCACCCAGUUUACUGUACAUCCUUAUAUACAAAUAGAAUAUUAAAAAAAAACCAGUACAAUUGUUGUUCAAAAUACCAUCACAGAGAAUUUGCAUAGCAGACAUCUCCUAUUUUUAAGUGGAAUUGGAUACAUUAUUUAUCAGUAAUAGGUUUAGAUGUUUCUGUAUUUGAAGUUUGGGUUAGUGCCUUGGAUUUUUUCACUGAAUAGUUCCCAUCCUUAUUUGUAAUCUGAUGAUACAACAUGGUGUCCAUGAUAACCCAACCACCUGCUUUUUCUGAUCUGCCAUCUACUUCAAGCUUAUUAACCCUUAAACUCCCAUGAGUGACUAAGACAGAAUUUCUCCUUACAAUGUCAAUACAGUAUCAACUAGAUUAGUGAUGAGAAUAAAGAAAAAUAUCAAUUUGGGAAUAAUUAGUUGAUCCAAUACAAAAUUCUCUGAACUAACAUUAUAAGAAUUGUAUGGUUGACAGUAAGGAGAAUUACAAAAUUGAUCUGGGAGUUAAAGGGUUAACACCCUGGUAAUAAAUACUUUUUUUUUUUUUUCAAGUAUGAUGAACUCCAGAGGAUGAACGCAAAGGAUUUGGAGGAGUUGACACUGAUCAGAGAAGAAAAAAGAACUUUGUCAAUCACUGUUGAAAAUAUUAAAUCAGAACUAAACCAGUUGCAGUCCAAGGUAUAUAUGUGUAGAACAUUAAUGAUGGCUAUUUUAUUUACAUGGGCUGAUGUUGAAACUUUUUUGUGUUUUUGAAAGGUGAAUCAGACUCUAUUAGAGAGAGCAGAAGUCUUAAACUUGAAGUAAUAGUUGCUAACCUUUUUCAAACCCACAGAAUUCAAGCUUGUUACAAAGAAUUGAAGACUUAGAAAGUUUGCGUGCUAGUGACCAAAAGAUAGCUGAUGAGGCGAUAGCAAACAGAGAUGCACAAAUCAAAGAACUACGCAAGAGAAUUGAUGCUCAACUCAGGGAAUAUGAGGAUCUUAUGGGAGUGAAGACUGCUCUUGAUCUGGAGAUUUUGACUUACAGGAAGAUGUUAGAAGGAGAGGAAUCAAGGUGCAUUGAAACUGUGUUCUGUUAGUUUUAAAAUAGUGAUAAAUGGAUCAGGGUUGCAGUAUUUUCCUUAGGCACUGGCUGUCAACAAAAUUUGCCACUUGGAUUUUGGCUGGUGAUUACUUAGUAAAGGGAUGUGAAUAUUUUUUAGGUCAUACAUACACAACUGUUCGUAUCAAAAAAAAUCUCAGUGAAAAGGAUUAAGUAAACUCCUUGCCAUCUUGAGUACCAGUGCCACUUAAACAAAUAAGACAUAUUGAGUAAAAUCCAGUUAUGAUCAGUUGUUUGCAUUGUUCUCAUUCAAUGUCCUGCAUUGGCCAUCUUGCAAAAUAUGAAGCUUGGUAGCCUUACUGUGAAGGGUAAUGGAAGAGACUGGGACCAAUAUUUUGUGACAAGAUUUCUCUUUGAGCAGGCUCAUUUCUCGUUUAUUGUUUCCUUAGCCACAACCCUGGGGUUGUUGCCAAGUGUUAUUAGUCCAUAAGAGAGAGUAGUAAGAAAAUAAAUGUUAAGUUUCUAACAGGCACAGUUAUCCUUCAGGUUGAACAUAACUCCCCCAGCUUCCCCAGUAUUUGGAGCCUCUGCAAAAAGUGGCAGACGUGCUGCUAAGCGAAUCCGCACAGACGAAGAGACUGUAGAAACUAAGUAUUCAAACAAAGGUUACAUUCAGAUAAAAGAGGCAAGUACAGAUGGUACCUUUGUCAAGCUGUUCAACAGUGGAGCCAAUGUGAGUCUUUCAAUUUAUUCAUGAUAAGCUGAUGAGUUUUCAUGAAUGUUUAUUUUGUUUUAAGAAUUGGAAAAUGUUAAUUUUAGUUAAACUUCGCAGACUGGGAGUUACUCCAGAAUGUAAAAUUUUUAGUGGAAGAAAGUUUUUAGCCUUUGGUUGUUAAAUCCCUACCUUUUUUUUCUCCCAUUCUUGCAUUCAAUUUUGGGUUCCUUAUCUGUGUUAAGGGUUAUGAAAGUGUAGAUUACUGUCUUUUUGGAUUAAUUUUUUUUGGAAGAUUUUGAUUAUAGUUAAUUACCUGCUAAAUCUUUUCUCUUCCUAGGAUAUGCCUCUUGGUGGCUGGAGUUUGGAAAGAUCAGUAGAUGGGGAACCACCUGUAAUCUACAAGUUCACACCGAAAUAUGUCUUGAAAAGUGGAUUUUAUGUAACAGUAAGUGGUUUUACAUUUUGUUUACUAUCUAAGAUCAAUGGAAGGUACGGGAUACCAGGGAGAAAAAGAAUACCCAUGCUUUAUUUCUAACAGAAAAUAUAUUUUAAUUUAGUUUAUGUUUGUGUUCAAAAGGGAAAGAAAAAAAUCUAAAAUGCUUCUUUUUUCUUUUGGAAUUCACUUGAAAUAUGUCUUGUCUAUGGCAGUAGUCAGGGUGGAAGUGAAAGCUGAAAAAUUUACUUAUACCAUAGUCUGUAGGUUAAAUACAGAUAGCUUUUCCUGAAAUGUGCUAAGUAUAAACAUUGCUCCAAAAUAUUGUCAUUAACUUACCCUUUGAGAAUUUAGAUGAUUUAAGGUAGAAAACAAGCAGAAACAAAAUGGUAAAUGGUAUUUUGUUUAUGCGUGGAAUGCAAAUUAAAAGAAUUCAUUUGAAGGCACAAUUGCAGCUAUCUGAGUGUGAAUUUAGUGUGUUAGUCUUCUUUCUGUGAGCGGAAAACCCAAGGACUAGGGGAAGGUAAAUGUAGGUAAUUUUUACCUGGGCUACAUUGCCAGAAGGCACUCUCUCUGCACUGUGCCAUUCAUGCUUCCAUUGAAACUUUCUAAUAUCAUUUUAAUCAAGAAAUAACUUGUUCAUUUUAGAUUUGGGCAUCCCAAGGUGGCGGCCAGCAUAAACCACCUUCAGAACUGGUAUUUAGACAGAAAGCCAGCUGGGGUGUUGGCAAAGAAACAAAAACAGUGUUGAAAGAUGCAGAUGGCCAGGUUUGUGUCUGUGUUUGUCAAUUUGCUGAUGAGGAUGUAGAAGAGGAAAUUUUUGAACUUCAGUUACUUUCCAGUCAAGUUGGAAUUCCCUUUAGAUAUUUGGACUGUGCUCAUUUUCAUUACAGAGCCAACUGAUUAGAUAAAAGAACUUUAUAACAACAGUUUAUUGAUAUCAUUGACAACCAUUGUUAAGCAGUUUAUAUUUUGUGCAGUUCAUAUACAGAUAUUGAAAGACCUAGGGCACCUUGCAUUAGACAGAAUUGGCCAGCUAGACCAGUAAAAUCAUUUUUGUUUUCAAGAAAGGAAUCCAUCAGGUUUAUGAUCAAUAAAAUAAUUUCUCAGGAGAGUGGCCACCUAAAUCCAUCAACCUUGUUCUUUUUAUUUUUGUAAAUUUGUAAAUAUAUCAUAGUUUUCAAUUGUAUACAGUUCCCUGCUACAAAUUUAAAUGAAAAUUAAAGGUAUGUAAAUUUUUAAACUCGGAGGCUUUCCUCUUGGAGCAAGGUAUUAUUACUCUUACCAUUUCUGACAUUGUCAGGUUCUGUAAGGGCUAAUAAUGUUGGUAAUUGGCAUGGCACAGUCAGGGGUGAAUGGUGUAGGGUGUAAUCCGUAAAAGUCAAAAAGAAUAAUACUAAAAUACUUCAAGGAACAAUGAUUAAAAGUAUUAUUGGGACAUAGGCUGUAAUUCCUGACAAGGGAUUCCAAAGCAGAUCCCCUUUAACUUAGAUGGGCUUGCCAGGUUGUCGCACUAUAUGAUCCUAAACACGUUUUAAGUCCAAAAAUACAGUGAAUUGUGGAGUCAAUAACAAUUUGAGGCAUAUCAUAUAUGAGUCACAAGAAAUGCUUGAAAAUGUGGAAGGCAAGCUUAGCUUGGAUUAAUUGAUUGGUCUUGUCUCGCCACAACCCAGUAUUCUAUUUGUUGGGUGGACUUUGACCCCUGAAUCUUCGUGCUGCAAAAGCCUGUUUGAGUAAAUUUGAUACACAAUCUACAUUUCAUUAUUAUUUUUCUCUUUUUUGAGGAGAGGAAAUGGUGCUAUUUUGUUGAAGCCCAGUUUUCUUAUUGAUAACUCCAUAUAUUUCUCGUAGGAAGCAGCUUCUGCAACUAUUGAAGAAGUCAGCAUUAGGACUGAUGAAAUUGACAGUCGGCGACAAAGUAUGAUGUCUGGACAACGUGAGGUAAGACAUGGCUGCUCUUGUUGCACCCAAUUGAUAGUUGCUUUAGCUUCAUGUUAGACUUCAAGCAGUUCCCCCUUUUCAGUGGAGUCUGUUGGUCGAGCAUUAGAGGAUCACUGUGAGCCUCAUCUCCAGAGUUCUAUGCAGAGCUAGUCCAGACCAACAAUCAGGGUCUUAAAAUAGCGAAGGAGAAUGUGCUGCCCUAUUAUCUGGCCUUGUUUCUGAAAAAUUCCUAAACUGGGGGCACAUGUUAAAUUUCCUUUUAUAAAAUAAGAAACUGCUCAAAAGAGCCCGGCCAAAAUCCCUUACAGAGUGUUUUAAAAAACAUUAGAGUAUAGUACAAUGGAUAAUGCUUUAUAUAGAUGCAUUAUUAUCAUUAUCAAAGUGACUAAUAGUUUUUUUUUUCUUCUUCUUCUUUAGGGUGAAACUAGCAAAGGUUGUGUAAUUCAGUAGUGCUACAAUUUUUCAAUUGUAACAACUGAUUUUGAGCUUUUUAGUCAGUCCUUCAGUUUGAAGAACAAAAUAAAAUUAUGAGCUAUAUCUUUUUGUGUAGAAAAAAGAACUUGCCAAAGUACUUUUUUAUUUGUAAAACCUGUUUGUAGUACAAUUUUUUAACCCAAAUUUUCAAUACUCCAAUUGAUUGUCUACAUUCUAUCAUCACAUUCUACUUAAGGUAAACUACGUUUCCAUUGUAUUUAUUUUGAAUGAAAUCUUCAGUGUACAAGGGCUUCUAAAGCUUUUAUCAUAACAGCAGCCUAAACAUUUUGUUCAUUAAACUUAAUUUUUAGAACGAGAAUAAUAUAUUUUGUGUGGGGCUUAAAAAGAUAGUGGUGUUGAUGCAUUCCAGUGAUACAUUGUGUGCAUUUUUCUGAAAGGGAAAGUUUUAAAGGACCUGCUCAAAGAUUUAUCUUAUGAGACAAGGUGAACAGGUCAAGUACUUGAAUGCAAUUUGUGCGUGGAAUUUCCUUAACUUUUCUAAAGGGCAGACUGGAAAAUAUUUUUCUCUAACAUUUUCACUUUUCUUCUUUUCUAAAAUAUCUUGUAUGUUUUGUACUUUUCUGGUUUGCCAGUAAAACUUGGAGUCUUUUCUUUUUAAGAUGUAUUCAUUGAGGUGAGAUUUUGUAUGCAGUAGGUUGACCAUGCAGUUUUUGUCUGCAGUAUGAAUAAACUGACCACCU